AUGUUUAUGCCAACGUGGACCAAUCGAGCACAAGACCGAGUCGAAGGGGUGCACCAAGGACAGAGCGGCGCGGUGGAAGACGACAAGGAGGUAAAUGAGGAGGAGGCGAGAGAGAGAGAGAGAGAGAGAGAGAGAGAGAGAGAGAGAGAAGGAGAGAGAGAGAGAGAGAGAGAGAGAGGGGAAGAGAGAGGAGAGGAGAGGGAUGAGGAGUGGAGGUGCGGGGGAGCCUAG